UGCAAGCAAGCAACCAAGCUCAGAAAGACCCAAGAGUUGCACAGAUCACGGGUUCAUGUUGUAACCCCCAUAUCGGCUGGAUAAAUCCUUCGUUCUAAGCCACAAUACACUUGAUUCGUCUUAUGUGAACCCGGGCAUUACAGCUUCUGCCGGUUGUAGUUUUUGGCUUCGCCUGUUGUCCAUCUCAACUUCACCUGCUUGGUCUUGUCUCUCCUUCGUCCUGAUCCAGCAGCUCUCGCAGCACAGGCCUUCAGCUGGCCAGCCCAUAAUGCUCCCGUGUGCCUCCCAUCUGGCCUGCCCCCGCAAAGCUCCUCCUCGGCCGUGACUCCCUUGGCCUCGCGCAAGAGGAGCCUUCCUGCUCGACAGAACUAAAAAUGUGACCUCUUCAAGGAGCACCAUGGAGUCCUUCGGGGUGGUUGCGGAGUACGACGCGCCUCCCAGUCCCACCCCAGGUCAGCUGGAGGGGCUGGGGGAUGAGGAACCCAUGGAGCCAGGAGAGGAGCAGAGCCUUCUCACCCCUGGAGACCUCGGAGAACCAGGCCCGGCUGACCCUUCAAGGACUUUCUCCAGGGACACCAGGGAACCUUGGAUCAAAGUCAACCUUUCAAGUCGCAAGCUGUCCUUGCAGGAAAGGUCCCCCUCCGUCCAGUCCCCCAGCGGGAACAUGGGGGUCAAUGGCCGCUACAUUUAUCCUUCCCUUCCUUACUCCCCUGUCACCUCCCCACACUCCUCCCCGCGUCUGCCCCGGAGGCCCACCAUCGAGUCCCACAGAGUGUCCAUCACGGGGUUGCAGGAUUGUGUGCAGCUCAAUCAAUACACUCUGAAGGAUGAAAUUGGAAAGGGCUCCUACGGUGUUGUGAAGCUGGCGUACAAUGAAGAUGACAACACUUACUAUGCAAUGAAAGUGCUUUCGAAGAAGAAGCUGAUGAGACAAGCAGGCUUCCCACGCCGGCCUCCUCCCCGGGGUGCAAAACUGCCCCUGGAAGGCUUCUGCCAACCCAGAGGACCCAUUGAGCAGGUCUACCAAGAGAUCGCCAUCUUGAAGAAGCUGGACCACCCAAACAUUGUCAAGCUGGUGGAGGUACUGGAUGACCCCACCGAAGAUCACUUAUACAUGGUGUUCGAACUGGUGAAAAAAGGGCCAGUGAUGGAAGUCCCCAACCUGAAACCUCUAAAUGAAGACCAGGCACGAUUCUAUUUCCAAGACCUGAUCAAAGGCAUUGAAUAUUUACACUACCAAAAAAUUAUCCACCGGGAUAUUAAACCAUCCAACCUUUUGGUGGGAGAGGACGGUCACAUCAAAAUUGCCGAUUUUGGCGUGAGCAAUGAAUUCAAAGGAUCGGACGCCCUCUUAACCAACACGGUGGGCACGCCAGCAUUUAUGGCCCCAGAAACGCUCUCUGAAACCAGAAAAAUAUUUUCAGGAAAGGCUUUAGAUGUCUGGGCAAUGGGAAUCACACUGUACUGUUUUGUCUUCGGACAGUGUCCUUUUAUGGAUGAGCGGAUCCUCAGUCUGCACAGCAAAAUCAAGAGCCAAACGCUGGAAUUUCCGGACCAACCAGACAUUUCUGACGAACUGAAGGAUCUAAUAACCCAGAUGCUGGAUAAAAAACCCGAAUUCAGGAUCACCAUCCCAGAAAUUAAGCUGCAUCUGUGGGUCACCAAGAAUGGCACCGAACCGCUGCCCACCGAAGAUGAAAAUUGCACGCUCAUCGAGGUGACGGAAGAAGAGGUGGAGAAUUCGAUCAAGCACAUCCCCAGCUUAGCCACCGUGAUCCUGGUAAAAUCCAUGAUCAGGAAAAGAUCUUUUGGGAAUCCGUUUGAAGGGAGUAGAAGAGAAGAAAGAGGUCUGUCUGCACCAGACCGACAGACUUACUUGAUCAGAAAACAAAGCAGCGAAGAGGCUUUCCGUGCCACAAACGAUCUGCCAAACGUCAGCGAAGACGAACUGCUUUCUUGAAGAAGAAGAAAAAAACACACCCCACCCUUUGCCCUUCCUGGAAAGGGGGCUCCAAGCAGGGUCUGCGAGAAGAGGGCAUCCUGCAAUGGGGCCGGCUUGCCUUCCACGACGUUGGUUCAUUGUCUAAAUACCGAAUGUAAAGAGUUUUUGUGACAGCAUGCUGUACAGAUCCGAACCCAUCCUCUCACCUUCCAGAAAGAUCUCUGCUGUUGAAGGACAGGACUUGGGAACCGAGAAGGAUGAUCCUCUUCAGGGUGGCUGGUGCUCUGGGAAGUCUCAUGCCGAAUUUCCGGGGAGAAAAUACAAAAGCAAAACAAAGAAACUCACCCAAAAUGAAACCGAGUUUGGAAAGAAAAGCGACAUCUACUCAGGCCGAACCCUUUGCAAAAACCACGGUCCGAUUUAAUUUUUUCUUUUUUUUAAAUAUAUCAACGGGCGGCUAAACCACGGUGCUUUACUGCCAAACGAGGAUCAAGAAAAUGCUUGCUUUUGGGGAGGGGGGAUUUCUUUUUUUAAAAAAAAUAAUUAUUAUUAUUGCUAUCCUUUUUAUUGCAUGGAAACCAAACCAAUCUCACACUAAGGGGUUAGGGGGUAUUUGCAGAACGCUUCAUUUUUUGUGAGCAGGCAAUUGAGUUUUAUUUUAAGAGCGAGUUUUGGAAGAUUCUUGAGUUUUUCCUUCGUCGGGAGCGAAAAGACGGAAGGGACGUGCAUCGCCAAUUUGCAUUUGAAGAUGGUUUGCGCGGUUGCGUUGAAGCACAAAUUGCCAAUAUGCGUUUGUUUGGUGCCGUGGUCUGUUUGGCUGGCAAAGCCCAGGCUCGUAUUCACUGAUCAUAAUUCUAUACUUUAUACCUGUGUGACUGUACAGCUACAUUCCCAAAAUUCAGGGUUUUAUAAAUGGUAGCCAUCCGGUGCUUGCUGGCAUGUUUUCAUAGUCAAAUAACUUUCAAGGAUGGAUGUAGAGAUUCUGCGGUUUUUCCAAGACUCCCAAGGAUUUAAACCAAAACCAGAUUAUUAUUAUUAUUUUUUGCUGCUGAGCACUUUUACGAUUCGCGUAUAAAGAGUAGUUCUUUUAUUUUCCUCCACACUUCAGCAUUAUGUAUUCCAGUAGAGUCACAGCUCCUAAGUGAGGGAACAGUUGUUAAAACCAAUUCAUAGGGGAUCUCGACAUACUAUGAACCUCACCCCUAAUCUUUUUUCACAGAUUAACCUCGCUCGGAAGUUAUACGGCUCACUCAAGUCUUUGCAUCUGCUUUUUAAAAAAGCAGCCAAGAAUUAACGCAUGGAAAGGCUGCUGUGGUUCUUUUUUUUUUUUUCAUUUAAAAAAAAAAACAUGUUU